UUACAAACACCUUGUCGUGUGCGACUUUGGCUGCUCGGCCGCAUGCGUAUCUGAGGCAUGGUACUCAUCACCAUCGCAUAGUACUCAUCACAAUCGCCGCGUUCCCCGCCCUGGGCAAGUGAAGUACGAGCAAACUAAUAUUUGCGACCUCGUCUUCUGUCGUACUAUAAUGCCAAUCCCGGCAGAAUCUACAGCAAUAACAAUCCAACGCCUGUCCAUCUCACCCGUGUCCAAUUCGGUCAUAUCCCGCCACGUGGCCGUGAUCGGAGCCGGAGCCGCCGGACUCGUGACGGCUCGAGAGCUCCGGCGCAAGGGACACAGCGUCGUCGUCUUCGAGCGCGGUGACCAGGUCGGCGGCACCUGGGUGUAUACUGCGAUGGUCGAGUCCGACUGUCUCGGACUCGACCCGACUCGGACUAAGGUCCACAGCAGCCUAUACGGCUCCCUCCGCACCAACCUCCCCCGCGAGGCCAUGGGCUUCAGCGACUACCCGUUCUUCUACAGAGACGACCCGGACCGAGACCCGAGACGGUUCCCGGGUCACCGAGAGGUCCUCAUGUAUCUCAAAGAUUUCGCGCGCGAGUUUCGGAUCUGUGAAUUGGUGCGGUUCGAGACAGAGGUCGUGCGCGUGAGAUUAAUGGAGGGCUCGAAAUGGAAUGUAAAAUCUAGAAAGAGAGACGAAGAUGAAGCUGGUUUUGAUGAGAUUUUUGACGCCGUUGUUGUAUGUAAUGGGCACCAUACCGAACCUCGGAUCGCCUGGAUUCCGGGUAUGAAUGAAUGGCCGGGGAAGCAAAUGCAUAGCCACAAUUAUCGUGUUCCUGAGCCUUUUCGAGAUCAAGUUGUAGUUUUGAUUGGGAGUUCAGCAAGUGCUGUUGAUAUUUCACAGGACAUAGCUGGUGUUGCCAAAGAAGUCCACAUUGCAGCGAGAACAGUUGGGGAUGAAACAUUUGGAAAACAGCCUGGCUAUGAUAACAUGUGGCUUCAUCCUAUGAUAGGAAGUGUCAGUGGAGAUGGUACUGUAUAUUUCCAAGAUGGCAGUUUUGUCCUUGCUGAUGUCAUUCUACACUGCACAGGGUACAAGUAUGAUUUUCCUUUUCUUGAGACAAAUGGCGUUGUGACUGUGGAUGACAACCGUGUGGGGCCACUGUACAAGCACGUUUUCCCACCAGCCCUGGCCCCGUGGCUUUCCUUUGUUGGAUUAACAUGGAAGGUUAUUCCAUUCCCCAUGUUUGAAUUACAAAGCAAGUGGAUAGCUGGUGUUUUGUCAAAUCAAUUGAUGCUUCCAUCACAGGAGGAGAUGAUGGAAGAUGUUGAAACUUUAUACUCGUCACUUGAAGCUGCUGGUACGCCUAAGCGAUACACUCAUUGUAUGGGUAUUAGUCAGUUCGAGUACAAUAGUUGGCUUGCGGCGCAGUGUGGAUGUCCUGGAAAUGAAGAAUGGAGGGUGCAGAUGUAUCAUGCUCAUGGCAGGAACAAACUUGCUCGAUCCAAGGCUUUCCGCGACGAAUGGGAAGAUCAUCACUUGGUUUUGCAAGCUCACGAGGACUUCAUCAAGUACACCUCCAAUGGCGUUAGUGACAAAUGUGUCUCAGAGUAAUCAGGUUUCAAGACUCCCUCAACCCCUGUAUCAUUUUCCGGGGAAAACCAAUGAUAUGUUAUUUUCUUGUACUUACCUUUGCUUAAUCAUUAUUCUGAAUGAUAAAUAUUACAAGUAUAAAUUAAGAAUAAUGAUCGUGAUCGUGAUCAACAAUAUACAUGAAGGGUGCAUUCUUCCA